UGUAGAGAAGCCUCUCAGCGCCGCUGGGUUACAGAUACCAUUGAUCGGAGUAUUGAGAGCGGGUGGACGAUGUUGAGGCAGUUUAUUGGUUUGACAGACGUGUGACUUCCAUUUACCUGAAGACGUCAGGAGCUCCUGCCACAUCCUCGCCUCUGACUGCUGUCUGAUGCGGAAGGAACAGGCCAGAGUCAGCAGGAAGGCAGCAAGACCGGUCAGCCCGGGCAAGUAAACCCCAACUGCAGAGAACACACAGGGGAACCCGGAGAAUUGCGCAGAACAGACUCUUAUUACACCGGCCUCUCAGAGAAUUCCUUACAUCGCGACUCCACGGAGCAACAUCGGGAACUUUACACAGCAGACUGGAACAACAUCGGAAAUUCUCCCAGCCUCGAGUAACAAUGGGGGUCUGUAUCCCAGCCUAGAGUAACACCGGGGACUGUAUCCCAGCCCUAGAGUAACAUCGGGGUCUGUAUCCCAGCCUAGAGUAACAUCGGGGUCUGUAUCCCAGUUUAGAGUAACAUCGGGGUCUGUAUCCCAGCCUAGAGUAACACCGGGGACUGUAUCCCAGCCUAGAGUAACAUCGGGGUCUGUAUCCCAGCCUAGAGUAACACCGGGGACUGUAUCCCAGCCUAGAGUAACAUCGGGGUCUGUAUCCCAGCCUAGAGUAACAUCGGGGUCUGUAUCCCAGUUUAGAGUAACAUCGGGGUCUGUAUCCCAGCCUAGAGUAACAUCGGGGUCUGUAUCCCAGUUUAGAGUAAUUUAGGGGUCUGUAUGCUAGUUUAGAGUAACGUUUUAGACUUUAGACCAGUCUAGUGUAACGUAUAGGACUGUACACCAACCUAGAGGAACAUUGGGUGUGUACAUCAGUUAGAAUAGUGUUAGGGACCAUAUCCGAGCCUACAGUAACAUUGCGUGUGCAUACUAGCCUAAAGUAACAGUGGGGACUUUAGGUCAGUGUAGCUCAGUGCUAUCACAAAGCCAGCUCUUCUGCUCCUCCCCUGUGUUACUAGCUGUCAGCUGGGGAGAUGUUCCAAGCUCUGGGCAGUACUAGCCAUUGCCUCCGCUUGAUGCACAGCAACAGGUCAAGCUGUUACUUUGCGCUGCUGGUUCUUGCCUAUCUGCUCUACCUGAGCUUCGGCGCCCUGAUCUUCUCCUCAAUCGAGCUACCUUACGAAGACAACCUCCGCCAACAACUGAGGGAGCUGAAGGACCAGUUUCUGGAGGAGAACCCAUGCCUAGCCCCAGACAGCCUGGAGCGUUUCCUAGACCAGGUCCUAGAGGCUAACAAUUAUGGGGUGUCCGUGUUAAACAACAGCACUGGCAAGUGGAACUGGGACUUCACCUCUUCACUAUUCUUCGCUGCCACUGUCCUCACAACCACAGGUUACGGUCACACGGUCCCACUGUCUGAUGGUGGCAAGGCUUUCUGCAUCAUCUAUUCGCUGAUGGGGAUUCCCUUUACACUGCUGUUCCUCACUUCCAUUGUCCAGCGGCUCAUGGUCCAUGUCAGCAGGCGGCCUGUCCAGUACAUCCACACUCGCUGGGGCUACGCGGAGCAGACCGUGGCUCUGGUCCACGCCAUCCUCCUAGGGCUGAUCGUCACCUCCUGCUUCUUCUUCAUACCAGCGGCCAUCUUCUCCACACUGGAAAAGGACUGGAACUUUCUGGAGUCCGUUUACUUUUGCUUCAUCUCCCUCAGCACCAUUGGCCUGGGAGACUAUGUUCCUGGUGAGGUGCAGCAUCAGCAGUUCCGUGAUCUGUACAAGCUCGGAAUAACUGCGUACCUCAUGUUUGGCCUUACUGCUGUGCUUGUUGCCCUGGAAACCUUCUGUGAGCUGCAGAAGCUGAAAGAAUUUAAAAGGAUCUUCUACUUGAAGAAAGAGAAGCUCGAGGAUGAACGAAACAUUCUGGAGCAUGACCAUCUCUCGUUUCCCUCGGUGACGGACUCUGUGCCCAUUACCAAGGAACAGCAGAAACUCAAUGAGCCUUUCUCCUCAGGCCCAUUGGCCAACUACCAGUUUACAGAGAAUCCUGUCAACCGGUAACCCUCAGCUAUCACCCACCCCCCCAUUCCAAAACACCAUUGGUUAACACUUCCAUCAUGUCAUAACGCAAACCCACAUGUGAUUAGUAUAGGUUCUAAAGCAAUCCUACCAGCCUUCAAAAGAGAAAGGAAGCACAGAUUGGGGGUAAGAAAAAGAAAGUGGGGUAAAGAAAGUGUGUUUUUGGGUCACCUUGAAGUAGAAAGCCUGUUUUCACACAAGCGAUGAUGUCGUUGCUGAGAAUUUCCACAUCGACAUCCCUCAGGCGAAGUAGUUAUCCAGACGAAUGCGAUUAACCCCGGGACAUUCUGUCCCUGUUCAAAGGAGAUGGAAUUAUUAAUGAUUUGGCAAAAUAUUUAUUUUAAUUGUAAUGUUCGUUGGGAGGGAGGAGAAAAUGAGCUGACAGUGUUCAAAGAGCAGCCUUUUUCACACUGUGAGGUGGGGCCCCGUAUUCAGAAUAAUCUACAACUGUUUCUAUGGGACCUGUACCUCAUUAGAAAACAAGAAUGGGCCUGUUAUCCCCUCUGACCUGAUCUGUUAAAUAGAUUUGGCUCAUCUGUUGUACCCUGCUCAUUUCAAUAUCCCUUCAUGUCCUUAUCUCAAUAAAAAAAACUCUCACUUGCAGACUUGAAAGCUCCAAUCAGCCUCUAGCAUCCACACCCUCUUUGGGAAGAGAUUCCCCUUCUCCCUUGAAUGAUGAGGUUCUUACUGACAUGAUUGCAGGACUGGCCUAGCUGUAACUUUAAGGUUAGGUCCCACUGUCCUUCAUUCCCCCAGAGGAAGAAAUAUCAUCUUUCUGCCUAUGCCAGCAAAUCCUUCCAAUAUUAAAAAAAACUAGUUUCUAAAUCUUUCAGAGUGAUGCAAAUGUGAUACUUUAUCUUUGCAACCUGACCUGGAAAUUUAUCCGUUUUACUGCUGAUGUCAUUCUGGUGAAUUUGAGUUGCACACCAUCCACGAUCAGUCCAUGCUUCCUGAGUGCAACAUGCAAGUCUGAACACCGUACACCCAGCAGAGUCCACCCAGGGCUCUCACUGCAACUACACAACACAGUUUCCAUCCUUCUCUAAUGACAUCCUGCUUGAGCUCAUAGCGAACAGCCCAUUUGUCUUUAUGAUUGAGUUUUGUGAACUGCUCAUCGCGUGAGCCACUGAAGGAAGCCAGACCCAGACCAGUUCCCAUCAGUCCUUUUAACUGCCAUGCCCUGGACAAAAAAGCGCUGGAUAUUGACCCCUGAAUACUCAACCUUUUGCUUUUCAAAUUAAUUUUCACAAAGUUAAAGGCUGUUUGACAGAGGAAAUGAUGUAGGUACACAGGAUAAACAAACUAUUUAACAGGACUCCUCAAAACAGCUGUCAGACAUUUUCAUUUAUCAUUUCGGUGUUACAGAAUAAUGUCUUUGUUUGUGUCUUAUUUUGAAAUUCUACCUCGCGUGAAGAAGCAAUAACGAAACACAUACCGAAGGGAAUUGGGUGAGCCCAUUUUUCUCAAUAUUUUUGGAGUAGUUCUUCAGAGGGAGCUCCAUUUCAAGUGUUGUUCAAAUUGAAAGGAGCCAGGCUUUGGGUGUCUAACAUAUCUGCCUGAUCCAAGCCCCUAUUCCCAUGGCAAACACAGGGCUACAAUAAAUUGGGCCCCGGUUGCCAUUUGAGCUGGGAGUCAGUGGAAAGCCGCAUUAUGCUCUCUCUGUGCAGUUUCACAGGUAUGGAACUGGUGUUGGAUUAUUCCUGGGGCAUGGCCCAAGUGGAGCAGGUAUAAUUGUAGCUGCCAUAUCCAAUCACUGUGCAGUUGCCAAGGCUGGCUUUACCCAGGGCCCUGGCUGCUGUCUCCCAUCCACCAAUACUGACCCUGUGUAAAAGGGCAUUAGCAGGUUGAGGCAUGAGGGGUUCGGUGCCAUCUGAGACUGAAUGAAGGUCAUAACAGCUGUUCAAUUCAAGGACUGUAGGUCAAACCAAGAUGGCAGAGCACUGGGUUUUGAGAUAGAGGUCUUUUCAUUGAUAACAAACACCGAGAAUGCUGGAGAAACUCAACAGUUCUGGAAGCACGUCUGGAGAGUGAAGCAGUUAAUGUUUCAAGUGUGGUAUGACUUUUCUUCAGAACUGAAAGGUGAAGGAAAAUAGCUUUUUUAUACUUUUGACACAGGUAGAACAGGGGCAAAAGGGUAAAUGAUAUAGACACGAAGAGUAGCUGACUCUCACAUGACCUUUUUAACAGUAGGGAAAGGAAACAAAGUGUGUAAAUUGGUGUGAAAGGGACCAAGUUGGUCCUUCUUACUAAGAGCAAAGUAAACAAAACACAAACGUGAUAUGGCUGUGAGGAAGGAGUGUAAGGUAGAGAAGAAUGUUUUCGGUCAGUUCUCCAUUUUUCUCAUAAUUAGUUCCUUAAGUUAUUGAGUUCAAUAUUGAGACCUCAAGGCUGUUCCAAUGAAAUACAAUAAACACUCAAGUAGCAACACCUCAUUUUCUGCUUGGGCCAUCUACCUAAUGAGUUUCACAAGCAUUCUCUGAGUUUGUUUCAGAUAUCCAGCAUCCACAGUAUUUUCCCUUUAUUUGAAUCUUUUUGUUGGUGCCAUUACAAAAGCUUUACCUCAGCUCAAGAUGUGCAUGAUAAGCAUCUAAAAAUUCCUUUAAAAACCAACUCCACUUGAACAAUAUUCCACUUGUUUGAAAAUUCACAAGCCCAUGUUAUUUAUUAGUUAAUUCAUUUUCUUGCAAUGAAAAAAAAAGCUGCUGGAAGUUCUCCACAGCUCAGGCAUUAUCUGUGGAGACAAUGAAUGUUUUAGCUGAAUAGCCUUCAGAAACGUUUUCUGUUCUUAUUUGGGAUUUCCAGCAUCCACAGUAUUUUGUUCUGGUAAUUUUGCUUGUGUUAAGUUUUGUAGGCAAGAAAUUCCUAGGAAGGGAAGGAGUUUAGAGUGUAGAGAGAGUUUGUAGGGAAGGAGUUUAGAGUGUAGAGAUGGCUUGUAGGGAAGGACUUUAGAGUGUAGAGAGAGUUUGUAGGGAAGGAGUUUAGAGUGUAGAGAUGGCUUGUAGGGAAGGACUUUAGAGUGUAGAGAUGGCUUGUAGGGAAGGACUUUAGAGUGUAGAGAGAGUUUGUAGGGAAGGAGUUUAGAGUGUAGAGAAAGUUUGUAGGGAGGGGGUUUAGAGUGUAGAGAAAGUUUGUAGGGAGGGAGUUUAGAGUGUAGAGAGAGUUUGUAGGGAAGGAGUUUGGAGUGUAGAGAUGGUUUGCAGGGAGGGGGUUUAGAGUGUAGAGAGAGUUUGUAGGGAAGGAGUUUGGAGUGUAGAGAGAGUUUGUAGGGAAGGAGUUUGGAGUGUAGAGAUGGUUUGCAGGGAGGGGGUUUAGAGUGUAGAGAGAGUUUGUAGGGAAGGAGUUUGGAGUGUAGAGAGAAUUUGUAGAGAGUUUGUAGGGAAGGAAUUCAGAGUGUAGAGAGAGUUUGUAGGGAAGGAGUUUAGAGUGUAGAGAGAGUUUGUCAGACAUGACGAGUUGAGGGAAUUCCUCUCUGGGAGCAGUGAUGUAAACACCAAGCAAGUAAGAAAGUUAAAGGUUAGACAGACACAACCAGUUAGUCAGAGCAUAAGCUUUCUUCAGGCUCAGGAAGAAAAUAUAGGGAAGGGAUAAUGAGGUGUCUCUAUGUUGAAGUCAGACAAAAUGAAGUCAAACACUGAUGUGGGUCAGUAUUGCAUGUAGUUUAUUUUUGUAUUAUUAUGUAACAUUGUGUGUACCAAUGGUGACCCAGCAUCUA